CCGAGAAUCGCUGUUCAGGAAGAUAGAUACAGCUGCGCAGUACGUUGGUUACUUAUCUACAUAUAAAACCGGCCGAUUACGUAAUAAUUUACUAUCGUCAAUUGUAAACAUCAGCUGUUAUGAUCACUACUUUUAAGUUUUAGUUUACUCGCAUUUGCCGUGUUCUGAUCUCGACAUGCUAAAACCUCUGUCUCUGUUUAUUUUUAAUUUAAGAAAACAGAAUAUCGUAGCACAAGUUAAAUAUGCGAACUCGGUGCUUCCUCAAUUAUCAUCUGAAAAGUAUGGAGUCAAGAGAAAAAGUUUCGGUAUCAUACAACCGACGGAUGUAGAUUAUUUUAAAUCGUUCCUAAGCGAGGACCGUGUACUGACUGAUGAGAGUGAUGUUCUUCCAUUUAACAUCGACUGGAUUAAGAAUUGCAGAGGACAGUCCAAAGUUGUAUUAAAACCGAAGACAACAGAAGAAGUAUCCAAAAUCCUGUCGUAUUGUAACAGCAAACGGCUAGCUGUAUGCCCCCAGGGUGGCAACACUGGCUUGGUCGGAGGAUCGGUUCCGGUGUUCGACGAAAUCGUGCUCAACUUUAACUUGAUGAACAAGAUCAUCAGCUUGGAUGAAAUAUCAGGUGCUCUAGUGUGCGAAUCGGGGUGCGUGUUAGAGAACCUCGACAAUUACGUUCGCGAUCGCAACCUCAUCAUGCCGUUGGACCUGGGCGCGAAGGGGUCCUGCCACAUCGGCGGCAACGUCAGCACCAACGCGGGAGGUCUCAGGCUGCUUCGCUAUGGGAACCUGCACGGCUCCGUCUUAGGACUUGAAGCUGUGAAAGCAGACGGGACAGUUCUAGAUUGUCUACGAACACUCAAGAAAGACAACACUGGAUAUCAUUUGAAGCAUUUAUUCAUAGGCUCUGAAGGAACAUUGGGGGUAGUUACUAAAGUUGCCAUACAUUGUCCCGCGUUACCUAAAGCCGUGUCUCUUGGGUUCUUUGGGGUUAAAAAUUUUGAAAACAUACUCACACUGUAUAAGAGAGCAAAGUCAUCUUUGGGUGAAAUUCUUUCCGCUUUCGAAAUGGCAGACAAUGAGUCGAUUAGUUAUACUGUUAAAAACCUGAAGCUUACGAAUCCUAUAUCCGACUACCCGUUCUACGUGCUGGUGGAGUCGCACGGCAGCGACGAAACGCACGAUAGCGAGAAGCUGUCGCGUUUCUUAUCCGAAGGAAUGGACAGCGGACUCAUAUUAGACGGGACCGUCACUUCCGAACCAGCCAAGAUGAAAACAAUAUGGCACAUUCGCGAAAGCAUAGCGGGCGCGGGUCUGAUGGACGGCUACACGUUCAAGUACGACGUAUCGAUACCUCAGCGGAACUACUAUGAUUUAGUGGAACUGUUGCGCGCGAGACUCAGGGAGCACCCCGCUACGGUGUAUGGAUAUGGGCAUGUUGGUGAUGGCAACAUUCAUAUAAACGUUAUCGUACCAGAAUACACAAAGAAGAUGUACUCGAUGUUAGAGCCGUUCAUCUUCGAAGAAGUCGCCAAGUUGCGGGGUUCCAUAAGCGCGGAGCACGGCGUGGGGUUCAGAAAGCCUCAGUUCAUACAUUACAGUAAAGACGAGUCGGCCUUGCAGCUAAUGAGAGAUCUGAAGAAAUCUAUGGACCCGAAUGGAAUUCUUAAUCCUUACAAAGUGUUGCCAGAUGUACCUGAUAUUUAGUAGAAUCUUGAGAAAAUUAUAAAACAAACGGAGCGAAAUGACCGAAGUUUUGAUAUAUUUUUAUUACUUACAUAAAAUGAUUAUAAGGUAUUUUAAAAUAAAAUUAAAAUAUAUUUAAAUGACUUUUAUUAAAAUAUCCAUUUAUUCUUAUAACAUUCAUAAUAUCACUGCAACAAAAAUACAAUGGAAUAUUACAAACAUUCGCCUAAUUGCUUCAAAUAAAUAAAUCCCAUAAUAUUGCAUAAAACAUCAAAAAAUUAAUAAUUUAUUAUUAUGUCUUCAAAGAUUGCUUAUUAAUCGCCAUCGUGGUCAUUGACGGUGGCAUUCGGCAAUGCGUCAUCGAGACGGAGACAACGGACCAGCCUUCGGUUCCGUGACGUUAAAAAAGAUGCAAAAAAUUAUAUCUACUUUAACGGUAACCAUCGCGUCGUUCAUAGUAACAACAUAUGCCCCAAUAUCGGGAAACUUUUCCGCGCUAUAUAUACCAGUUACCACGUAAAACGCCACGAGAGAUAAUUAUCGGGCACUUUUUGAACAACACCCACGAUUUCAUUUAUACUUUGUAGUUCAUUAAAAAAAUAUAAAUAAAAGCUCGGACACACGAGUCUCCGUCUGUUUGCGAAAUGCUCCUUUACAAUGUAUCACUGUACUGUCAGCAAUUAGGACUUACUGCGCUCCGAGCACAUACACGCUGUUCCAACCAUAUCAAACAAGCAUAAAUUUUAUGUAAGGACAACAAAAAAAUGUGACAAUUUGGCAUAAAGAUCGACCUCCACACCAAACAUACUAUCGAAAUAGCAAUAAAACAUUAGAAUGGUACGCAAUGCACUUAGUUGUUUCAGUGUUAAACUUAUCUAGUAUAGUAAUUAUUAUUAUUUAAGUUAAUUCUUGGGGCAGAAGAUAAUCCAAUGACAAAGUUUAUAACGAAAGUUAUUGUUAACUAUUUCUGCUUUGAAACAUUACCAACUUCAAAUUGAACAUUUUUCUUUUUAAUAAAUCAGUUUUUAAAAAACUAGUUAAUAAACUUAUGGCAAAGAUUUUACAUAUCAAAAAAAUAUUAAGUAGAUAGAAAUGCAAUCGUAAUACACGUUUUACCGGAAUGUUCUACUUUAAAGAAAAUUGAAAUACAAAAAGAAAAUUGGAGAUUUAGUCAAAAGUUAAAUUUUAUUUAGAUAUAAGUACAUCGAAAAAGAAAUAUUUGUGCUGCUAUUUAAGCAUUCGUUGUGUGAUAUGUUAGGAAUCGUGCUGAUCAAUAUCAGACAUUGAAGCCAGCUCACGACCAAAAUAAUGAACAGUUGUGUUUCAUUUAUUGUCAUGAAUUAGACAAAAUAAAUGGAGAAGUAAUGAGAUCACUAAAUAUUUUUACAAAGUUAGGUACGAGACUAAAUGUAAACAAGUACAUAAACCAAGUUGUUCAAAGCAUUAGAAUGCAUUAGACAUUUUCUUGCAGAUUGUAUAUUUUA